UCCAGGGUACAGCCGUGGGGGCUGCGUGGCCCUGGCCACGGGCAGCGCCAUGGGGCUGUGGGAGGUGAAGAACUGCACCGCAUUCCGGGCUCGCUACAUCUGCCGGCAGAGCCUGGGCACGCCAGUGACGCCCGAACUGCCUGGGCCGGACCCCACGCCCAGCCUCACCGGCUCCUGUCCCCAGGGCUGGGGGUCGGACCCCAAACUCCGCCACUGCUAUAAGGUGUUCAGCUCAGAGCGGCUGCAGGACAAGAAGACCUGGGUGCAGGCCCAGGGGGCCUGCCAAGAGUUGGGGGCCCAGCUGCUGAGCCUGGCCAGCUAUGAGGAGGAACAUUUUGUGGCCAACAUGCUCAACAAGAUCUUCGGUGAAUCAGAGCCCGAGAUCCACGAGCAGAACUGGUUCUGGAUCGGCCUGAACCGUCGAAACCCGGGAGCGGGUCAGAGCUGGCGCUGGAGUGACGGCCUUGGGUUCUCUUACCACAAUUUCGACCGGAGCCGGCACGACGACGACGACAUCCGGGGCUGUGCAGUACUUGACCUGGCCUCGCUGCAGUGGGUGGCCAUGCAGUGCGAGACGCAGCUGGACUGGAUCUGCAAGAUCCCUCGAGGCAGAGACGUGCGGGAACCCGACGUCAGCCCACAAGGCCGGCUGGAGUGGCUGCGUUUCCAGGAGGCCGAGUACAAGUUCUUCGAGCACCACUCCACGUGGGCUCAGGCACAGCGCAUCUGCACGUGGUUCCAGGCCCAGCUGGCCUCCGUACACAGCCAGGCCGAGCUGGACUUCCUGGGACACAACCUGCAGAAGUUGUCCCCGGGCCAAGAGCAGCACUGGUGGAUUGGCCUGCACACUGCAGAGAGUGAUGGGCGUUUCAGGUGGACAGAUGGUUCCAUCAUAAACUUCAUCUCCUGGGCACCCGGUAAACCUCGGCCCAUUGGCAAGGAUAAGAAAUGUGUAUACAUGACCGCCAGCCGAGAGGACUGGGGGGACCAGAGGUGCCUGAUGGCCUUGCCCUACAUCUGCAAGCGCAGCAACAGCACUGGAGAGCCCCAGCCCCCGGACCUGCCACCCACAGCCCUGGGGGGCUGCCCCUCUGGUUGGAACCAGUUCCUCAACAAGUGUUUCCGAAUCCAGGGCCAGGACCCCCAGGACCGUGUGAAGUGGUCAGAGGCACAGUUCUCCUGUGAACAGCAAGAGGCCCAACUGGUCACCAUUGCAAACCCUUUAGAGCAAGCAUUCAUCACGGCCGGCCUGCCCAAUGUGACGUUUGACCUUUGGAUUGGCCUCCAUGCCUCUCAGAAGGACUUCCAGUGGGUGGAGCAGGAACCUCUGCUGUAUACCAACUGGGCCCCUGGGGAGCCCUCUGGCCCUAGCCCUGCUCCUGGCAGCAACAUACCGACCAGCUGUGCGGUGGUCCUGCACAGCCCCUCCGCUCACUUCACUGGCCGCUGGGACGAUCGGAGCUGCACGGAGGAGACACACGGCUUCAUCUGCCAGAAGGGCACAGACCCUUCCCUGAGCCCAUCCCCAGCAGCGUCGCCCCCUGCCCCCGGCACUGAGCUCUCCUACCUCAACGGCACCUUCCGGCUGCUGCAGAAGCCUCUUCGCUGGCAGGACGCCCUCCUGCUGUGUGAGAGCCGCAACACCAGCCUGGCCCGCGUGCCGGACCCCUACACCCAGGCCUUCCUUACGCAGGCCGCCCGAGGGCUGCACACCCCACUCUGGAUCGGGCUGGCCAGUGAGGAGGGCUCCCGGCGCUACUCCUGGGUCUCGGAGGAGCCGCUGAGCUACAUGAGCUGGCAGGACGGGGAGCCCCAGCAGCCAGGGGGCUGCGCCUACGUGGACGUGGACGGGGCCUGGCGCACCGCCAGCUGCAACACCAAGUUGCAGGGGGCUGUCUGCGGCGCGAACAGCGGGCCCCCUCCUCCCCGAAGAAUAAGCUACCACGGCAGCUGUCCCCAAGGGCUGGCCGACUCGGCGUGGAUCCCCUUCCGGGAGCACUGCUACUCCUUCCACAUGGAGCUGCUGCUGGGCCACAAGGAGGCGCUGCAGCGCUGCCAGAGAGCGGGUGGGGCGGUCCUGUCCAUUCUGGACGAGAUGGAGAACGUGUUUGUCUGGGAGCACCUGCAGAGCUCUGAGGGCCAGAGUCGGGGUGCCUGGCUGGGCAUGAACUUCAACCCCAAAGGAGGCACCCUGGUCUGGCAGGACAACACAGCUGUGAACUACUCCAACUGGGGGUCCCCUGGCCUGGGCCCCAGCAUGCUGAGCCACAACAGCUGUUACUGGAUCCAGAGCAGCAGCGGGCUUUGGCGCCCCGGCGCCUGCGCCAACAUUACCAUGGGUGUCGUCUGCAAGCUCCCGCGAGCUGAGGAGAGCAGCUUCUCGCCAUCGGGUGAGUCCCAGGCAGGGCUGAGAUGAGUCCUCUCCCGCCUUGGCCUUGGCCCAGCA